AAGCAACGCUGACGUAAUUUUGCGCACGAUACACAAGGUCAGUUACGUCUUGCUGCUGGUCGCCAUCGAUGUAAACUCUCAUGUCGUCGAAGACCACUUCUUGUAGCGUCACAUCACCAUGUCCUCUCCAGAGAUCGCCUCUCUCUCCUGGGGCCACAUGAAGGUGAAGGGAUGCUCCUCCAGCUACAAGGACUGUAAGGUCUGGCCUGGAGGCAGCCGGACUUGGGACUGGAGGGAGACUGGGACUGAUCAUUACCCAGGAGUACAACCUGCUGAUCUGGAGGAGGUGCUGAAGAAGGGAGUUGAUAUGCUGGUCAUCGGCAGAGGCAUGAGUGAAGCUCUGCAGGUUCCCUCCACCACUGUGGACUUUGUGAAGCAGAAAGGUGUCGAUGUCCGAGUCCUGCAGACGGAAAAGGCCGUCGCUGAAUACAACAAACUGGCUGGCCAGGGCGUCAAGGUGGGCGGGGUCUUCCACUCCACCUGUUGACUUUACCUUUGCUGCACCAGAUUCGUGACAACCUUUUGUUGCCCAAAGAGACUGUUUUUGGCACAUGAAUCGCUGGCUAGCUCUUCUAGCUCUUUAGCAUGACUACAACCACUGAUUCAGGGUAAGACUAAAACAUCUUCAAUACUAAUCUUCACCUAAUUUCAGCUGGCUGUGCUUUAGAGCAGAACUUUAUAAAGGCAGAAUGCUAUAAAAGUUUAUAAAUUAGUAAACUCAAAUGUACUUUUACCGUCAUCUAAACAGGGAGGAAUUCACUUAGUGAUAUGUUUUCAAAGGCUACUUUUAGAUCCAUUUGAAGAUGCAAUACAUUUGAAUUCAGAGGCCAAUUUCUUUUUCUUCCUGCAAAGUACAAUAAUGACUUUUCAAUUAUCAGGUAAAAAAAAGACACUGAUCACA